AUGUAUCUCGAGACUCGACCUCAACAACCCCCGCGCACGGCGAAAGUGCUGAUGCUUCACGGCACUGGGCAAUCCGCACACACCUUCCAAGCCAAGAUGCGCUACCUCCACGAGCCGAUCGCUCGCGCCCUCUUCGCCAGCUCGGCCCUGCAAUCCGAGUUUCCCUACCCGGGGGGCGUGGAAUUCGUCUACCUGGACGGACCGAUCCCAGCCUCCGAGCUCGACGCCUGUGACGAGACCUACAUGAAGCCGAACAAACUCCCCGACAGCUGGCUCUGGGGGUACGGCGAUCCGGAAACGCAAGAACUCAAAGGACUGGAACACACCUGGAAGCACUUAGCGACUGUCUUGAACGAACACGGUCCUUUUGUCGGCGUGAUCGGCUUCUCAGCGGGGGCCGCCUGGUCGGUGAUCCUGACCGCAUUGCUGGAACAGAACUUGAAGACGAAUCCCCAUUUCCACGUUAACCACCCGCCCUUGCAAUUCUGCAUCGCCUUUUCUGCCUUCAUGUUCGAGCACCGCACCUAUGAGUGGAUCUAUGCGCGCAAGAUCCAGACCCCGGUGCUGCACUUCCUCGCCGCGCUGGAUACCUGGAUCACCGAACGGCAGUCGCUGAAACUGGUCGAGCGCUGCGCCCAUGCGCAGGUGGAGUAUUUCCAGGGGUCGCACUACAUCCCUCGCGGCCCGCGCAUCAAGGAACUGGUCACCAAGUUUAUCCAGAAGACGAGCGGGGUGGGCAAGGAGUUGCGACCUGGCGGAUACGAGGACUGGACUGACGCAUAG